AUGCCGACAAACAUUGACGAUCUUGAGCUCGACGAGCCUCCCACUGUCGAGCCCUACGAGGUUCUGGGUGUCGAAAAGACUGCCACCCAAGACCAGAUCAAGACUGCUUACCGCAAGGCCGCUCUCAAGUGGCAUCCUGGUAAGUCACUUCACACCAUCUUCCAGCACAGUCUUCUGACCCAAACAANNGACAAGGCAAAGCCUGAAGACAAGGAUGCCGCCCACACCAAGUUUCAAGAAGUCGCUCUCGCCUACGCCGUCUUGAGUGACGAACGCCGCCGCACUCGCUACGACAAUACUGGCCGCACCGACGAGUCCCUCGAUAUAGACGACGACAUCUUCAACUGGAAUGACUUCUACCGUGCCCAAUUCGCCAAUGCCGUCACCGAGGAUACCAUCAUCUCCUUUACCAAAGACUACAAAGGCAGUGAUGAAGAACGCGAAGCUUUGCUCUCCGCAUACACAAAGUACAGGGGAGACAUGAACAAGAUCUACCAACAAAUCAUGGUCAGCAACCCUGCCAUUGACGAAGACCGUUUCCGCAACAUCAUCAACGAAGCCAUUGAANAGGAAGAGGUCCCUGCCCAUACCAAGUUCACUCAAGAGUCCCAGAAGAGCAUCGAUCGUCGCAUCGCAAGCGCAAACGAGGAAGCAGAAGAAGCAGAGGAGCACGGAAAGAAAACUGCCAGCAAAACAAAGGCCAAGGCCAAGGGAGGAGACUCGGAUUUGUCAUCUCUCGCUGCCAUGAUCCAGCAACGCAACAAGGCGAGAAGCGAAGACUUCCUCGACAACUUGGCCGAGAAAUACGGUGCAGCACCCAAGAAGAAGGGCAAGAAGAGAGCUCAAUCACCAGAUGAGCCUCCUGAGGAAGCCUUCGAAAGGACUGCGAAGAGAAAGACCAAGAAAUCAAAGGCAUAG